AUGUCCCGGAAGUCCAGUGAAAGUAUCGUGGCCCUUAAGCUCUGUGUCGCUGGUUCGUCUGAGGCAGCGGGCGUCGUGCUGGGCCAAAUAGGAGCGGAUUCUCUCGUGCUCCUUGAUGGGAUGAUGCUUCGUCCUUCUUCUGCAGAGAUGUACAGAACAGAUUUCAUCUUGUCUAUUUCCAGGGCCAGACAGACGGUUAAAACAAUCACAUCCUGGAAUUCCCCGAUCAUGUGGAACGGGACAUUUGACGGGAAGGCUUAUGAUGAGCUGCAUAUUCAACUCCGGUCAUCCGUGGCUCUCACUGUGUUUGCUGUGGGCAGGUACCUGGAUGCCUACUGCAAGGAUUUCCUGACCUCAGCAGAACAACACUUUAUGUCGGGGUUACCAGUGACGUACUACGUGUUUACAGAUUCACCUGAGAAGGUACCGCAAAUUGAGCUCGGCCCCCAGCGAAGCCUCAAGGUUAUCAAGGUGAAAAUGUACACCAGAUGGCAGGACAUCUCUAUGAUGCGCAUGAGUAUGAUAUCGGAUCUCAUAGAAUCGGAGAUUGCUUCCAGCUUCAGAUACAUCUUCUGCUUCGAUGUGGAUCAAGUGUUUGAAGCGAGGUUCGGCUCAGAGGCUCUGGGGGAUUCUGUGGCUUUGCUCCACGCGCAUUACUACAAACUUCCAAAGGACAGGUUCACCUAUGACAGAAACAAGAAAUCCACAGCCUUCAUGGAAACUGGAGAUUUCUACUACCAUGCUGCCAUCUUUGGAGGAUUGUGUGCAAACGUGAAGAAUCUGACAGACGCCUGCUACCUGAGCAUCAUGGAGGACAAAAUAAAUGAAGUGGAGGCUCUGUGGCACGAUGAGAGUCACCUCAACAAGUACUUCUGGCUGAACAAGCCAAGCAAGCUGCUCCCUCCCGAGUAUUGCUGGAACUAUAGUAUUGGUGACAGGAGCGACAUAAACAUCGUCCGCCUGAGAUGGGCACCAAAACAUUACGAUACACUUCGCGCUAAUGUCUGA